AUGGGUCUCCUCUGGACUCUGGACCAUCACAACGCUGUACUGAACAAGUGGUUCAUAAAGCUGGGGAAAACGUGGUUUCUGGAGCUGAAGCGCUGCCAGUGGAGAGAACACAGAGCCGCACAGUCCUGGUGUCCAGCUCAGAAGGAGGAUUUGCUCAAGGUCCUUGACCUUCCCCAGAAGAAGUUGACUUGCAUGAUGAUGCAGCGCAUUGCCGGGGUCCUGGACGAGUGCAUCCAAAAGGUCGAGAGCGUCUGUCUACUCCCUGCCCUGCUGGCCGACCUGGAGAGCAGGUCAGCAGCGCUGGGGGAUGAGCUGGCGGUGGCUCUGCAGGAGCACCGACGGCUCAGCGAGAGGAUGGCCGUUCGGAGCCCGAACCAGCCCAAGACGGAGAGCGAGGAGAGGAAAGCCCUGGAGCAGGAGUUCCAAAGCUCCUUGAGAGACGUACUCCAGCAGCUCCAAAGCAGCCCAGCAGCCGGACAGGCUCUGCAAAGCUGGCGUCUGUGUGAAAGCUCUCAGCAGCUGGUGCAAGGGCUCAAGGAGCUGCAGGGGGUUCUCCUGGAGAAGCUGCUCACGAGCCCGGAGGAGGAACGAGACAGGAGCCGCUAUACGCAGGAGGUCAUCUUGAGGGACAGAGACAACACAAAACUUGUGUCUGCGCUGGACACAGAGGUGGCAGCAGCAGUCAAAGACCGUGACAUUAAGAUCACAAAGAAGAAUGAGGUGAUCCACAAGUUCAAGAGCUCCCUGCAGCAGAUGGAGAAGCUCUGCGAGGACUUUGUGCUUUCCACGCAGCAGGAGGCAGAGAAGCAGGGUCAGUCGGACAGGAGGGCCUCCGAGAGCCAACAAAAGCACCUGCUGGAGGAGCUGAGCGGGCUGCGCACGCAGCUCAACAACCUCUUGGUAGCAAACCACGAGGUGGAGGUGGCCCUCAGGAAGAGGAAGUACAAGGUCGAAACUGAAAUUGAAAACUGGAUCCAAAAGUAUGACGCAGACAUGGGCGAAAAACAGAGCGAGCUGGAGGAGCUCUCUACCGCCUACGCGGAUGAGCAGGAGGAGCUGCGUGAGCUGGAGGAGCGCUACACCAUUCUGGAGGUGGAGUACACCCAGAUCGUGGAGGAGAAGAGGCUGGCCAAGGAACGGAAGGAGCGGGAAGAGCGAGAGCUGGCUAUGAAGACUUGUGCGUCUGUGAUCAUCCAGGCGUACUGGAGGGGCUACAAGGUUCGAAAAGCACUGAGGGCCAAGGCCAAGAAAGGAAAAAAGGGCAAAGGGAAGAGGGGUAAAUGAGCCAUCGGUCUGUUGCCUGUGCUUCACGUUGUAUCUGCGAAGAACUGGAUCUAGCCUCCACUGUACUUUAAUGAUAUACUGAGAAAACCAAGCACAUUCAAUAUAGUUCAGAAAAAUCCAGCAUUUGUGCUG